AGGACUGGCUCGACGAGGUGCGCCGCGCGCGCCGGCAGGAGAUGCGCGCGGAGGGGCGCUGCGUGUGCGCGUAGCGGGCCGCCACACGCCGCGAUCCCCCGCGCCGCACGGCGGGAGCGCCCCUGCCUGCAGCGAGGCGAGGGCCUCCGGCCGAAGUCCCGCGCCCGCGCCUGCGCCCGCCACGGAGGAGAAGUGGGACAUGUACCACGAUGGAGAAGCAUUCGCGUAGACCAGCACAUCGCACAAAGGUGUCGAGCAAGGUAGUGGCAACACGACCACGAUUGAGACCACGACCCACAGUAGCAGCCCUUGCUGUUUCAUUCCUGCCAUAGCGUUGGAGCGCGCCGCCACUGAGCUGGCACUGCUCCAGAUAGACUGCCCGAGGCACUCUGCGAGAUGUGACGCUGCCAGGUGA